AUGAAAAGCCGGUCCCGGGGAGGCGGAGGAGGAGGAGCAGGAGGAGGAGGAGGAGGAGGAGGAGGAGGAAGAGGAGGAUGGGAGGAACCUCCAGGGAGGCCAGGACGAAAAAGUCAUGACGUCGGGGUUCUGUGCCCUUGGGCCCCGGCCCCCCCUCUGCGCUCCGCCCCAGGUUCCGUGGCGCGCCGGCGGGGGGGGGGGGGGCUGGGGGCGCUGCGAAGGGGCGGGCCUCCUCCGGGAGGCUCGGAGGGCCUCCUGGCCUCCGGAGGGCUUCUCGAGGCCCACCCCGAGGGCGCAGAGAGCGCCUCCCGAGCCCCGCCGCUCUUUGCCGGAGGAGGCCUGCUCCUCCUCGCUUCCCCCCCGGGGGCGCGCCGCCGAGAGGUGAAGCACCACCCCGACAAGAGCCCGGGCCCCGGGGCCACCGAGCGCUUCCAGCGGAUCGUCGAGGCCCACCAGGCCCUGAAGGACACGGACGGCGAGCUCGCGUUCCCCUGGGAGAGGCACCCAGAGCGGCAGCAGGUCAUGACGGGCAUGCAGGUCCUGAGAACGUUCGGCCCGCUUGCCCAGGAGGCUGCCAACACAGACCCCAUCAAGGCGCAGAUGAUGCAGCACGUCGUCAAGGAGUCCACCGACUGCAAGGUCCUCAUCUUUGAGCGCGAGACCACGGAGGGGGGCUCGCAAGUCAGGGAGACGUGGGCGGAUGCGCUGUGCACGGAUGCCAGAAAUGGUUCCAACCAUCUGGUCAAGGUCUACCGUCGGAUUGCCGUGAGUGGGACGAGCAAGGGGGAGGACCGCAUCUUGCCAAGCGAAGAGUCGGAGAUCGACCCCAGCGACUUCGACGUAGUCGACUGAGACCGCGUCGCAUUCGGGUUGGGUGGUACUUUAGUGAACGCAUGCGGGCGCCGCUUGAUUUUUCAUACCGGCCGCUUGAUGGCUGUGCUGUCGCACUUUGGACGGGAUGUGUUUUGCCCUACCCAUAGUAGAAUGCUCAGGCGGUGUACUGGGCUUGUAGAGAUUUCAGGCAAGACGCCUCUCGUCUUAGGAUGUGCCUGGUAUGUGCGGCAUGUGGCCCACACUGCUGUCGGGAAAAAUUGCCACAGCUCGUUCACGCGUGAGCCGUUCAGGUAAUCUGGACUCGGCGUCGUUAGCCUUAUUGAGGGAUGUGAAGUUGACAGUUGGGUCUUACCUCGUAGCUCAUAGUACAGUUCUGCAACACCUGACGUGCCCUGACUCUGGAUCCGCCCUAUUCUGUGCGAUUUCGCAAUUGGGGCGGACAUUUUAGCCCUACUUUCGAGCUCCUUCGAUGCCGAUCUGCGCCCUGCAUUGCCGUUGCUGUUUCCGCCCUUCUUCUUGCGGAA